CAGGAAUGCUGGGUGAAGGCUCAGAAUCACACCCCUCCCCCAGCUCUCCACCUCUGGCACCCUAGAGGAGGCGGCUCCAGCCCUUGCGUUUCAAAUCCUGUCUCCUAGUAGGAAAGGACAUUUAGUCAACGACUUUCAACUCUUCUAAGAACAAGCCAGAACGGUGGGGGUGUGGAGACAGAAUACAGAAAGGGCAGACAUAAGUGAGCUGGCCACGCGGACGGGACGCAGAGUGAAGAUGCGGCUACUGCUCCUCCUUGGGGUGGCCGCAAGCAGAUGUCUGCAUGAUGACACCCAGAAGUCCGUGCGCCUUCUCAGGCCCCACCUCUCCCAAAUGCCCACACGCUUCCGCUCCUCGGUCCUUCCUCUCCCCAUCUCCCGUGAUGCUCAACCCCUCAGAAUCCAAACCUACUAUACAAGAGAGCUUGCAUCCAGUGAGGCUUGGGCUCCUGAUGGGGAGGAAACCAGAGGAACAUCUCGAGCCCUGGCUGCACUGAAAGAGGCCGCUCGAAGAAUUCAGGGUAUCCUAGCAGUCACGCCAGUUCAAGGACCUCUGCUUCUGAGUCGAGACCCUACACAAUACUGCCGUGCCGUCUGGGGAAACCCAGACACCCCAAACUACCACAGGUGCAGCCUCCUGAACCCAGGGUAUCAAGGAGAGAGUUGCCUCGGGGCAAAGAUUCCUGAUGCCCACCUGCGUGGUUAUUCCUUGUGGCCAGAGCAUGGUCUGCCCCAACUAAUCCAACCAGAUGGCCCUGGAGUCCAAAAUACUGAUUUUCUCCUGUAUGUGAGGGUUGCCCACUCUUCCAAGUGUCACAAAGAGCCCUCUGUCAUAGCUUAUGCUGCCUGCUGCCAGCUGGACUCAGAAGACAGGCCCCUUGCUGGCACCAUUGUCUACUGCACCCAACAUCUCAGCAGCCCCAGCCUCAGCUAUGGUGAUACUGUCGCCGUAGCUGUCUGUCCUCAGGCUACACUACAUGAACUGCUCCACGUCCUGGGUUUUUCUGGAGAGCUCUUCAAGAGAUGGCGGGAUUGCCCCUCAGGACUCAGUGGUUCUCCCUUUCCAAAGCCAGCUAGAGAGAAUUGUUCCACGAGGAGGCGUGUGACAAGGCGAGACGCGUGGGGACAGCUGCUCCUCGCCACUCCGGCUGUCAGCCGCAGCCUAGCCAAACACUUGGGUGUGCCGGGGACUGUGUUGGGUGCUCCUUUGGAAGAAGAGGGCUCUUUGUCUUCGCACUGGGAGUCCAGGCUACUCCAGGGUUCUAUAAUGACUGCUACCUUCCAUGGUGCCCAGCACACUCGACUUGACCCGAUAACUCUGGCUGCCUUUGAAGAUUCAGGCUGGUAUCAAGUCAACCACAGUGCUGCAGAGGAGCUCCUGUGGGGCCAGGGCUCUGGCCCGGAGUUUGGCCUGGUGAGCACAUGCGGGAAUGGAUCGUCAGACUUCUUCUGCACCCGCAGGGUCAUUUCUCCACUCUCCCUGCCACACAGUGGGCUGGGCUGCCACUACCUGCACCUGGACAAGGGACGCUGCUCCUCAGACCCAAUGCUAGAAGGCUGCCGCAUGUACAAACCCUUAGCCCGUGGGAGUGAGUGCUGGAAGGAGGAAAACGGACUCCUCACCAGAGCACAGAGCCCCCAUGGGGAGCUCUACCAUCUUCACAGCCGUUGCUUCCUUGCCAACCUUACCUCCCAAGAGCUCUCCAAAGACAAGGUCAGCCCGCCCUCGGUAACUCUCACAGGCCGUUGCUAUUUACAUCAAUGCACGCACAAGGGAGCGUACGAGGUGCGAGUGGAGGGGUCACCGUGGGUCCCCUGCCUUCCGGGAAAGGCUGUUCAGAUACCCGGAUACUAUGGUCUUCUCUACUGUCCCCAAGGCCGCCUGUGCCUGAGUAACAAAGGUACCGGCGCCGUCACUUCUCCACCGACGAGUUUUUCGACCCAAGACCUGCUAUUCCAGCUGUCUUUAGGACUAACAGGGACCCCAGGCCACUCUCUGGGGAAAGAAGAGAGACAAGAGCUGGCUGAGGUAGUUCUGCAGGCUCUGGUGACAAGAGGUGGCACUAGCAGGUGCUAUUUCCACAGUCCAUUCAUCACCACAAAUUUGGUGUUCACUGUGAGUAUGUGGAAGUCUCCAGGCUGCCAAGGGCCUUCCGUUGCUACACUGUACCGCACCCUGACUCUGACUUUUCAGGAGAAACCCCUCCAAGUACACCAUGGAAAAGCCAUCUUUACCACAGAACACAGCAAGUUGCUGACUUCCAUGGACCAUAACCUCUCCAUGACUGACGGACUUCUCUCCAUGGGAUUCUGCCUACUGUUGCUAAUCUUGAUGGGCACAUUGGGAACUUUGGCUUACCAGAAACGAGCUACACUCCGAGUGGGACCAUCUACAACUUAAUCAUCAUGAGAGAUACAUACAUGGCACAGGAGAUCAGUUUAAAAUAAGCAGGUGUGAUGCCAGCCAGCAAGAUGGCUCAGUAGUCAUUUACCCAAGUUGGAUUCCUAAGGAGCCACAAAGCGGACAGAGAAAACCAACUCCUACAAGUUGGCCUCUACUUCUGCAUGUGCAUUGUGGCUCAUGAGUACCCAUAUACAGACAUACAUACACACAUGCAAAAUUACUUAAUUAAAAGAAUUAUUUUAUGUGUA